GAGAGCAUCUUGGAAGAAGGUGGAGGGGACGACGAGGAAGAGGUCGGCGACUUGAUCGAGAAGCAGGAGGCGACCCGCCAGAAACUGUGGGAGAAGCUCAACCCAGAGGAGCGUAACCUCAUCUGCCUGGGGGUGGUACUUUACGAACUUGCGCUGCAAAUCCGGGGGACGGUCUUCAGCGACCUCGCGGGGCAGCCCUGCACCAAGAACGCGUUUCUGGGGGCGACCCCUGAGAUCGCGUUGAAAGUUCAUGGCGUCGACACGCGCUGGGGUUUGCUGGGAUUCUCAUUCAAGGGCGAGCACUCCUCGGAGAAAGACGCUCUGCACAUCGACCAAUUUCUCGCGCUGAUUUGCGGUCAGACGGGGAAAUCUGCCCAGGCGCGCCAGAGGUUGCUGGAGAAGUCUCUGGUUAUCAUGGAGCAGCAGUCUCGCAAGCCUUUCAAUUUCGCGCUGGGGAGCCCAGGCAAACAAGAUUGGGUGAGCAAAGUCCAGCUCGCGCAGACGGACUGGUACGACCGGGGCCCCGUGAGGAACUUCAUCGACACGGUCGACUCCAUGUUGCUCUCCAACAUGAAGUACAAGGACUGGGGCACCACCGUGAAGCGCAUCAUCGAGGUGGCGAUUGCGAUCUCCAACAAGGCCACGAGCCUCACGCAGGCUAAUCCCGAGGAAGAGGAUGGCGAGGAAGAGGAGGGUGCGUCCGACGAGGAGCAGUGA